CUAAAAUACGCGCGUAGCGCGUGUUUUGACAGUAGGAGGAAUAUAACUUUACUGGGCUAAUCGCAAGCAACGUGGAUCAGUCUGGAUCUAAACUAUCAUGUCUAUAAGGAGACGGCAGGAGCAACAACAAUGGGUUGCCUUCGUCGGAGAUUUUUCCAUCCUCAGGGAUUUUCUGUCAAAGAAAAGAUAUCGCUCGCCUUGGAUCGUACUUAAGUUCUUGGAUGUUCUUUUCAGGGGCUAUGGACAGGUGGUUUCUGCCAACAAUCCAAUCAGCGGAUUGCUAAUAGCUGGUGCAUUCGCAUUCUUCAUACCUGGGAUGAUGUUGAUCGCCAUCUGUGCUGGAACAAUAGGUCUGUUGUUAUCAAUGCUAAUUGCGGACGAGCCGCGAUCUCAGCUUGAGAACGGUUUGACAGUCCUCAACCCUAUUCUCUGUGGCUCGUUGACGUAUACAUUCAGGCCUGACAUCUUGGAUUCGUUCGACAGUCGUCUGUUAUCACAUUUAUUCUUCGCGUUAAUUUUCAGCGUCUACUUGGCCCGAGCUCUCGGAAGUGGAAAACUUCCCUGUUUGUCGGCGCCGUGCAACGUCGUUCAACUUAUACUCAUAUUUACCCUCGCCUCAAGAGACAGCAACGUUUCAUCACUGGCUGAAACCACGACUACCGAGGCGAACGGAACUUCGGUACCUGAUUUAUUUUUCGAAAAUUAUACCCAACAAAGUAUUUCAAAUAACACCGAUGACCACGUGAAAUGGGGAAUGGUAUUUCGCGGUAUGCUGACUUCUUCCGGGCAGGCUUAUGCCGCGGACAACGUGCCGGUAUCUUCAAUUAUUUAUCUCGCCAUCUUGACCUACUCACCGAUAACGGCAGCCUUUUCUUUCAUCGGAGCAACGGUCGGCUCUCUUACGGGCCUGGCGCUCGGCGUCCCCAUCGAAGAGGUUUACUCAGGAUCCUGGGGUUACAACGCACUUCUGACAACCGGUAGCCUAGGUGGCCUCUUCUUUGUCCUCAACUUUCAAACCACGAUCGCUGCAACUUUUGCCGGCAUGUUUGCAACGAUUCUUCAAAGCGUUCUCACUCCAGUCUUUGCCAAGAUUGGGUUACCAGUACUUACGGUGCCUUUUGUUUUAACAACUUGGCUGUUCCUUGGAAUCCAAGGAUCGGAAGGUUCGGGAUUCAUCCGUCCGGAAACGAUAUCGUUCCCCGAGAAACAACGCCAUGACUACAUCUCUUCUCAAAGAACAGCAACGCCUCUCUCAGAGUCCGACGAUUCGGAAGAUGUCGACAUCAUCGUCGAGGCGAAACCGUCUUAACGUAAUGCUCACAUUCUACCGUGGAGAAGAAUUCGCAUAUUCGUAAAACUGCUCGAUAUAUUUAGGUGGUGAAAUAUUUAUACAAUACUUGUACGAAUGAAUAAGUAAAAUAAAAUUGUGUAAUAUUCGGAAAACUAUUGUAACGAUGAAAUGUUCGAUUACAAAAUUAAAAAUUUUACGUGCAGUUUUAAAAAAAUCAAUAGGUGAAUGCAAUAUGGCGCGCGUAAAUUAAAAUUUCCGUCGAAUCCGGGAAAAAAACUUCGCCCAGAAGUUUUUGGGGUCGCUGAUUACAAAUCCGAAAUCAGAUUUUGAAAAUUCGUUAUGGCAAAACCAAUCAGCGAACCCGAAAAUUCGUGCACAGAGUUUUUUGACCGUAUUCGAUAAAAUGUGAAAUUUUUGUCCGCCAUAUUGGAUCUGCCAUUUUGAAUUUUUGAUAUUUGAUUUUAGAAAAACCACAGAAUACUACCUUGUUGUAAAAGUUGACACGGCACAAUAACGUGUAACUCAUAAU